UGAGAUCUGUAAGGUGGGUGUGUCAGGCCCGCCCAGGAGCAGGUCCUACCAGGGAAGCUCAGCCCAACCCAGCCCAGAGUGUCAGCGGAAGCAGGCUUGGGGCAGCGGCAGAGGAAGAGCAACCGAUCACAGGGCCAGGUCCUGUUCUGGAAGACACGGAGCUGCUCUGAGUAAAAUUGGCUAAAGAGUUUACUGGUAAAGGCAUCUUACUCGAGCUACCAAGGUCUCCACUGCUGAAGAAGUUGCAGCACCAAGGGCUUCCAGCCUUGGCCAGUCAUCUGCCCCUGAGGUCACAGCCCACGUGCCCAUGUCUUGCUUCUGCUUGCCUGGGGACAGAGUCUGUAUUGCCACCAGGCUACCACCCUGGAGGUGAAAGUCAUGCUCUGACCUUGUUGUUCCCUACGAUGCCUCAGACUAAUUUCUCUUCCCACCUGGACAUGAUGUUUGCCAAUUCUUCAGCCAACACGACUUCUACCAACAGCUCUGUGCUCCAGUGCCCUGACUAUCGAGAUACACAUCGUUUGCAUAUGGUGGUCUACAGCCUGGUAUUGGCGACUGGUCUCCCUCUCAACGCUCUGGCUCUCUGGGUCUUCCUGCGUGUACUGCGCGUACACUCAGUGGUGAGCGUGUACAUGUGCAACCUGGCAGCCAGCGACUUGCUCUUCACCCUGUCACUUCCCCUGCGCCUCUCCUACUAUGCACAGCACCACUGGCCUUUUCCAGGCUUCCUGUGCCAGACGUCGGGCGCCAUCUUCCAGAUGAACAUGUACGGCAGCUGUCUCUUUCUGAUGCUCAUCAACGUGGACCGCUAUGCGGCCAUCGUGCACCCGCUGAGACUGCGCCACCUACGGCGGCCCCGUGUGGCACGGCGGCUCUGCCUGGGCGUGUGGGCUCUCAUCCUGCUGUUCGCUGUGCCCGCCGCCCGCGUGCACAGCCCGUCCCACUGCACGUACAAGAACAUCACUGUGCGCCUGUGCUUCGAGAGCUUCAGCGAUGAACUGUGGAAGGGCAGGCUGCUGCCGCUCCUGCUGCUGGCCGAGAUACUAGGCUUUCUGCUGCCCCUGGCGGCUGUCGUCUAUUCGUCUGGCAGAGUCUUCUGGACACUGGCGAGGCCCGACGCCACUCAGAGCCAACGGCGACGGAAGACCGUGCGCCUCCUGCUGGCCAAUCUCAUCAUCUUCCUGCUGUGCUUCGUGCCCUAUAACUCCACGCUGGCUGUAUAUGGGUUGCUACGGGCCAACUUGGUGAAGAACAGUAUUCAGGACCGCGAUCAGGUGCGCGGGGUGCUGAUGAUAAUGGUGCUGCUGGCCGGCGCCAACUGCGUGCUGGAUCCACUGGUUUACUACUUCAGUGCCGAGGGUUUCCGUAACACCCUUCGCAACCUGGGCGCCCCGCUGAAUACCAGGCCUUUGGCUACCAAUGGGGCUGCAGGCGUGCUCACCGAACUACCCUCAGAAAGCACCCAAAACACUGGGCAGGAUGCCACAAGUCAGGUUCUACUCCAGCCUGCCACUCUGGGUACACCCCCGGACAACUGCUCCCAGGAUUCGGCUCUCUGAGAGGACGCAGUCUAAGUGAACGUAGACUUGUGCCUCCCUCAGAGGCUUAGGGUGUACAUUUGAGGGAGGUGGGCUGGGUACUUGGACUUUGAAACAACUCCAGCUCUAGUGUGCAGAAGGGAACAAGUGUGUAAGCAAGGAAAAGAAGAGUGCCACUGCUGACAGCUUUAGCUUCUGAUUAUCACACAGAGAAACCCUGCUCCAGUAUGUAGGAAGCCAAGCAGUGAGCAUGCGCAUGGCUAAGAGCUGGUACAUGGAGCAGAAGAGAGAUCUCCUAGGUCGUCAGUCUGAGAGCUAAAGAUCUGGUGACCUUGGUGAAUCAACUACACAGACGCUCAUCUGUCAUCUUCAAAAAUAAAACUCUGGGCUGGUGGUGGAACCGAGAACCCACAGCCCGCACAUGCUGGGCCAGUACAUUCCCACUGUAUUGUAUCCCAGCCUUACCUGCUGGCUUUUGUGUUUACUCAAGGGUGAUGGCCACUGUGUCACCAGCCCUGGCUUCCCUGUUCAGAUGGGAGGUAUAACACAAAGGUUUAUUUGCUAUGGACCAAAUAGUUCUGACCCAUUUCCCAACUUGUAACAAUUUCGACUUGACACCUGGCAUGUGGUGGCUGGGGCAGGGCAGAGCCAUGCUUGGAGUCCCUCUCACUUGCUAGUUCUUGGUUCCUUUUCUAAGUCAUCCUUUUCCCUUCUGCAGCUCUCGGGGCCUCUUCCAUCCUGGAUCUUUAAUAUUCAGUCUCACUUCCCUCUCUUUCCCACCCCGUUCCUUCUCCUCACCCCGCCCCCUUAUAUAGUACAUAGCAGAGUCUGGCCUUGAACUCUUUUUGUUUUGUUCUGUUUUCAAGGCAAGAGUCCCACUAUGUAGUUCUUGAUGUCCUGGAACUCAUUCUGUACACUAGGCUGGCCUUGAACUAACACACAGAGAUCUGCUGGCCUCUGCCUCCUAAAUGCUGGGAUUAAAGCUGUCUGCCACUAAGACAGACUUUGGUCUUUUUGUUGUCUUUUUGUUUUGUUUUUGUUUUUUCAAGACUGGGUUGGGAUUUGUCUGUGUAAUAACCUGGUUAUCCAGAAACUCACUGGUGUAGACCAGGCUGGCUUCAAACUCACAGAGGUCCACCUGCCUCUGCCUCUGCCUCCUGAGUGCUGAGAGUAGAGGUGCGCCCAGCAUGCUGGUGAGCCUCCGGUUUCAGCAUUUCAUACAUGCUGGGGUUACAAGCCCAGCUGCAGUCAGUAUUUUAUGAAAUUUGUAUCUUUUGAAAACCGCUCUCUCUACAUGGCCACCACACUUUGCUUCUCUGUCUCUUAACUCAUUCUCUCUAUCCCCCAUCCUGGGCCUCCUCCCUCUCCCUCCCUUCCCUCGAUCCUCUCCUCCCUCCCCCUCCCUCUUCUCUUCCCUCUCCUCCUCUGACCUUUACCAUUUUUGCAGUCAAACGUCAGUCCUCAAACUGUUUGGUCUCAAAUCCCUUUGUGCAAGGAACGAGGGAGCCGACAGAGCUUUUGUUCUUUCCUUUUCUUAUGAUGCUCACCAUGUUAUUAAUUAAAGCUGACAUGUUUCUGAGACAUGGAAAUACAGAAGCACACAUUCCAUUUAUCUGUGAGAGCGGGAAUGUCAUCACAUUCCAUGAAACCCCUGGAAGCUUCCCUCUACACCCGGGAGAGGAUGAACACGGACGGACACGGGGCAUGCUAGCAUUUAAAUAUAGUCUUGACCUCAGGAUUCCUCAAAGAGCCAGUCUCUGGAUCACACUUUGAGAUUGUUUAUUCUAAGGUAUUAGAGUUCACAUCUAACUUCCUCUAGGUUGGCACUGAUCACCCUGCUCAUUGUGGUCCUUAAGGUUCUCUGGAGGACACAAAUACUCAGGGCCAGGCGGAAUGUUUCUGGAGAACCGUGUCAUCCAGGAGAGAAGAGUGUACAAGGAAGGAAGGGGGAGAUGGAAGGGCAGGAGGAGGAGCCUGUCUUAGUAAGCAGGGUAGCAAAAAGGUUUUCUUCCCUAUUUAUCCAAGUAGGACUGGGUUGUGGGCAGGGCUGCAGUUGUUGCUGUGACAUUUUUAGAUCCUGACAUUGAGAACUGAUGUCAUGUGUAUGUCCUACACGCACUAUGCCCCUGUGUCUCACAGUACAGAGAGAUUUCCCAAAUGCCUCUGUUUUAGUUAAGAUUUGGGCCUCGUGUAUCUGUUGGUGAUUUGCAGGAGUAACAUGACCCCUGGUGGCCAAACUAGGGAAGUAACUUCCAUUCCUCAGUGAUGGGCCACAGUCCAGAUGCAUAGAAGUCAGACCCUUACUACCAGAUGCUUUAAAGCUGCUGUUAGCAUCCGUCCCAAGCGCCUCUCUUCCUCAGCACUCAAAGUCUGUGGAGAGUAUGAGCACCCACCUGAGGCAGAAUGUCAGAACAGGCACUAUAGGAACAGAGUUAAACAGAAUUUUCAAAAGGUAGGUGUGUGUGUGUGUGUGUGUUGUUGUGUGUGUGUGUGGUUGUGGCACAGUUGGUAGAGUGUUUGCCUUGCAUGCAUAAAGCCCUGGGUUUGAUCCCAAACCUGGUCUGGUAUUGUAUCAUUCCAGCACCCAAGAAGUGGUACACCCUAUUAAUCCCAGCACUGUGACGGUGGAGGUAAGAAGUUCUCUGUCAGUUUCAGAGGUGAGGCCAGCCUCAUCUACACAGAGAGUUUCAGACAGCCAUGGCUACAUAGAGAGACUGUCAGGAAGAGAGAGAGAGAGAGAGAGAGAGAGAGAGAAGGGAAAGUCAUAGACAGGAAGAACAGAAGUUCUACGUUAUCUUUAGCUAUAUAUUUAUAUAUUGAGUUCUGGGAUACAUAAGACCGUCUCAAAAAAAAGUUCCCAGAUGGGGCUGGAGAGAUGGUUCAGUGGUUAAGAGCACUGACUGCUCUUCCAAAGGUCCUGAGUUCAAUUUGCAGCAACCACAUCACAUGGUGGUGGCCCACGCCUCUAAUCCCAGUGCUUAGCAGGCAGAGGCAGGCAGAUCUUUUGCGAGUUCAAGGCCAGAGUAGUUUACAUAGCCAGGCCAGCCACACCACAUGGUGAAACCCUCUUCUCAAAAGAGAGACAAAAACAACUUGAGGGAUCUGAGUCUGGUGUGCACGCCUGUAAUCCCAGCUCUGUACAUACUGAGGCUGGAGAACCACGCCUCGGAGGCCAGCCUUUGCAAGUGCCUAGGUAUGAUCUUUGGCACAACAAAACUAGAUAAACAAAUACAUUGGAAAAAAGGUUGAACUAUGAGGUGGUGGCCCACACCUUUAAUCCCAGCAUUGGGAGGCAGAGGCAGGUGGAUCUCUGUGAGUUGGGGGCUUGCCUGGGCUACAUGGACAGUCAGGGCUACAUGGAGGAACCCUGUCUUGAAAUUCCCUUGUAUACCACCCCCCCAAAAAAAAAGAAAGAAAAUUGAGCUCUUUUAGGUACAGGUAUUGAGUGAAUCCCAGAACAAUUAAAACAGCAUGUAUCACCUAACAGACCAUAUAACUUAUUUAUUCUAAUUUUUGUAUGUACUUCUGACUUCCUCCACCUCCCUAGGUAGAACGCAAGCCCCAUGGGGGAGGGGAUGCAAAGAUUUUUGUUUGGUUGGUUCAUUGAUGUAUUUACUGGCGUCUAGAACCAUGCUUGCACAGUUAGUACUCAAUAAAGACUCGCUAACUAAACAGUCA